AUGUCAAAAACCGUUGACAUAACCUCGCCUUCCCACUUCUCCCAGAUCCUCUCCUCCUCUCGCAUCGUUGUGACAGACUUUUGGGCAACCUGGUGUGGACCAUGCAAAGCCAUCGCUCCCGUCUACGAACAGCUCUCCUCUCAACUCUCCCGCCCAAAUCAGAUCACCUUCACCAAAGUCGACACCGAUGCGCAGAAAGAAAUUGCGCAAACGUACAACAUAACGGCAAUGCCUACGUUCCUGAUCUUCAAGGGAGGAAGAGAGACGAAGAGGAUCAAGGGAGCUGAUCCAAAGGGCCUGGAUUCAGCUGUGAAGCAACUCGCACAAGAGGCAAGUCAGAUGGAGGAUGCAGGUGGUGUUGCAGAGUCAAGUGGAAGCGGUAAUGGAGCAAGAUGGACAGGAGCAGCUGCGCCGAGGAGUUAUGGGGACAUCACAGAUCAAGUCGAUGUUCUGGGUCUGGACUUCUUGAACCUGGAUGGGGAGGCAGGAGACAAGAGAACCGUAUUCGAGGGCAGCAAGCCCAGCACGUUAGACGCGAAGGGAAAGGGGGCUGCUGCAUCGAAGAAGGACUGGAUUGAGAGCGAUACCGACGAGCAAUUGAUGCUGUACAUCCCAUUCCAGUCAACGCUCAAGCUACACUCUGUGCACAUCACUAGCAUUCCCGGCGACAGCGAAGAUGUCAUGCGACCGAAAACUCUGCACCUGUACACGAACCGAAGCCACGUUCUCGGGUUCGACGAAGCAGACGACACACCUGCGACGCAAACCAUAGAGAUCAAGGAAAGCGAUUGGGACUCAAAGACCCAAACCGCCAAAGUCGAACUUCGCUUCGUCAAGUUCCAAAACAUCAGCAGCGUGACGGUCUUCGUUGCAGACGGCGAUGGCGAUGCGGAGAAGACGCGGAUAGACCGAUUACGGUUGUUUGGUGAGAGUGGUGAGAAGAGAGCCAUGGGCAAGCUGGAGAAGAUUGGAGAUGAGCAAGGCGAGUGA